AUGUCUUGCAUCGGAAAAAAAUAUACCUGGGCGAUCACAAGGCUGACUUUGUUGGGGGUGGCAGAUGUCAUUGGCGUCACGGACCAGGAUACCUGGGAAUACGGCCAGGAGCUGCGCGCCAUCAUUGCGGAAAAGAAGCUGCACCAUGUCGUCUUUGUCCAUCCUCAGACGCUGCUUGGCAUGGUGCCUGCCAGCGAAAUGACGCGCGAAAAGUACAUGGAAACGGCGGAUGAGUGUCGCUCCAUGCUGGAGGCCCAGUACGGAUCAACCAUUAAGGAGAUUGAGGCCCUGAUCACGGCGGACCGCGAUACAAACUCCACGUACUGUGGCAUGGUCAAGUUUCUCGAGACGGAGAUUAGCGCGGCGCUCGUCGGCAAGAGCUACAAGGAGCGCAAGAGGCUGCAAAAGGACACGGCCAAGAAGAUGAUGCAGCGCUCCGAGGCCUUCACCAUGGCCAUCCGCAGCCUGCGGCCCAUGGAUGUGCGCCUGUCGAUGCAUCCUUCGUCUGGCGCGGCCAAGCUGUCCAUCUCCCUCAUCCCGUGUCCCAAGGGCUUCUUUCAGCGCUCGCCCUGGCACAGCUGCGUUGCGAUUGACGCUCAGGGCGGCUACCACUGCGUCCACUCGGAGGAUGUCAAGAUGACUCAUGACCUUGUCUACAAGAACGGCCGGCCGUACUUUUACAUGGUCAAGGAGAGCGUUGCAGAGGAAGCCCCCGCUGAAGGAUCAUUUCAGGCUCCGCUCCACGUCGAGGUUGCCAAGGAGGCCUCAUUUAUGGCUCCCAUGUCUCCCAAGGCUACCGUUAAAUAG